CCUCCAUAUUACUCUAAGUCGGUUCGUGCUGCUAUUCGCAUCCGUUUAUAUUUUCUUCCAGUACAAACGACAAAAAACAUGGCACUGAGGUUGGGUUUUGUAGUUUUGGCAGCUUUCGUGGUGUUCCAGGCCCUGACAUGGGAGAGUCAAGCCAGUGUCGUCCGGAGAGCAGCUCCCUCUGACGAGAAAAACGCUAGUCAAACCAUAGACGACGCCAUUCACUCCUUCAAAACUGGCCUUGACGACUUGGUGAAAAACAUCCAAGGCAACGAGUUGUUUAGAAACGUGAGCGAAACCCUGCAACAGUUUGGACAGACCGUGCAGCAGCAAGGGAAAGACCUGAUACAGAAGAUACAGACAGAUGGCCAGACUCGAGUGUAGAUUGUCUAAAUUCAAUUUUAGUUUAAUUAAUUUUAAUAAAUACUUGUUCAUGUAUACGAAUCUAUAUUAAAACUUAGUUAAAGUUA